CCUAAUACAAACUCAUUCACAGUGGGAGUUUGUUGAAGUUGAGCCCUGCACCUGUACCAUGGGCUGCUGUACAGCGCCCGCAGCUAUGCCGGAGGAGAAGGCGGGGAAGGGGGAGAAUGGGGUCGGUGUGGAGACCAAGACCUCAGGCUCCCCUAGCAAGUCCCCCUCCAAGGCUCCAAGGGGGAAGAUGGUCCUCUCACGGGUCAAGCUCCUUGAUGGGACCGAGUGCGAGGUGGCGGUGGAGAAAAAAGCCAAGGGCCAGGACCUCAUCAACAGUGUGGCUGACCGCAUCAACCUCCUGGAGAAGGACUACUUUGGCCUCAGUUAUAUGGACCACAACAACUAUAAGACUUGGCUGAACCCGGAGAAGAGAAUCUCAAAGCAGGUCAAGGGGCCAUGGGAGUUCAACUUCGAGGUCAAGUUCUAUCCCCCUGAUCCAGCUCAGCUGGCCGAAGACAUCACCAGAUACCAGCUCUGUCUUCAGGUACGGCAGGACAUCUUGACGGGCAAACUUCCAUGUUCUUUCGUUACACAUGCACUGCUAGGCUCAUACAUGGUACAAGCAGAGGUGGGAGACUAUGAUUCCAAAGAACAUGUCGGCACAAGCUACUUGUCUGAGUUCACAUUUGCACCAACCCAGAAUGCCGAGCUGGAGGAGAAGGUUGUGGACCUACACAAGACACAUAAAGGGCAAACGCCUGCAGAAGCAGAACUACACUACCUUGAAAAUGCUAAGAAAUUAGCGAUGUAUGGCGUUGAUAUGCAUUCAGCUAAGGAUUCAGAAGGUGUAGAUAUCAUGUUGGGUGUUUGUGCAUCAGGCCUCCUUGUUUAUAGAGACAAAUUACGCAUCAAUCGAUUUGCAUGGCCCAAAAUCCUCAAAAUCUCAUACAAGCGAAGUAACUUCUACAUCAAGAUUAGACCUGGCGAGUUUGAAACCUUCGAGUCGACAAUCGGGUUCAAAUUGCCCAAUCACAAGGCAGCUAAGAGACUUUGGAAGGUGUGUGUGGAGCACCACACCUUUUUCAGAUUAAUGACUCCAGAACCACCACAGAAGCAAGGACUUUGGCCACGGUUAGGGUCAAAGUUCCGAUAUUCUGGGCGGACUCAGUACCAGUCCCGCAUGGCAGCUAAUCUUAGUGAUCGAAACAAUCCUGAAUUUGAGCGAACGCUGAGCCGUAGAAAACUGUCUUCAAGAAGUAUGGAUGCCCUGGGAACCCGCACUGGGGAGACACCUGAGAUGUCCAAGAGGCACACUAUGUCCCAUCCACCCCCACACAUCCCAGGCUUGGAGGAGGCCCCAGGCAAGGAGGCAAACAAAGCCGGCAGCGGAAGGGACACCCCUUCAGCAGAGGAACGCACCCCAGAGAAGAAAGAUAAGAAACCUGUGGGAGGUGUAGCAGUGCUGCCAAUGGCAGACCUGAUGAAGGCCACUAAGAAGCGUGCCGAGAAGCUGGCGCAGGCUGAGGAGGAGGCAGCGAAGAAAAGCGGUGCUCCCCCCUCGACCACCCCCCCGCCUGGCUACAAGACCAUGGAAGGCCGGAAAUCUGAUCGUGGAAAGGAAGAGGAUGGAGAAGGAGGACAGGGACCAGGGGACUCGAGUUCGGCUGACCCCCUUGUCAAGACACACCGUACAGUCUUCCAGAACCCGAGUGCAACUGAGGCUGCUGGUUCUCCUGGCUCCCCCCCCUUUACACGGCAGUACUCGUAUGAGGAGCUAGAGACAGAACCAAGGAGGCCCUACAGUCCUACUGGCCAUGGUUUCAAGUAUGAGGGCGGGGCUGCGGAGGGCCAAGGUGAUGCCAAUGACCCAAUGGUGGUGGAGAAGCGGCGAGGGCAGGCUCAGGCCUUCAACUAUGCACCAGGAGAGGACUCUAAGGUAGCUGAGACAGCUGAGAAACGUAAAACAAGCCAGUUGGAUCAGAGUCCUGGUUCUGGUGCCAUGGAAGAUGAUAGGGGUUUAUCAUCCCCAGACACAACAUUGCCAGAGACCUCAGUUGAUGAGAGCAUGUUGAACACUUCAGCAGAUUCCACUGGCAUUAUGGCUGGGUUCCUUGCAGGCAAGAAGGGCAAAAAGGACAAGGACAAGGACAAGAAAGACAAAAAGGGAAAAGAUAAGAAGGAUAAAGAUAAGGGUAAAGACAAAGAGAAAUCUAAAGACAAAGGUAAAGACAAGGACAAGGACAAGGACAAGAAGGCUGCAGCCAAACAGGAGAAGGACAAGAAAGAGAAGGGGAAGAAGAAGGGACGAUUUGGAAUCUUUGGAGGUAGGGACCGCAAGGCUUCAACCAGCAGCAGCAGCAGUAGCAGUGACAGCUCAAGUGACAGUUCAGACGAUAGCUCAGAUGAGAGUGUGGUGGUGGAGAACCGUGAGGGUACCGAGCCUAAGGACAUUGAUUCAUCCAUGGUGGCCUCAGACCGAUCGUAUGCAGCAGACCAUUCAAACACAUCCCUGAUCGUGAACCCUGCAGCAACGAGUGAGCCCUCCUUCACGGCUGACCACUCGGCCUCGGAGCUGAUGGUGGACCCCUCUGCGCAGGCCACCCUGGAGGGCGCAGGAGGAGAGCUGACCUCAGCCUCCUCCACUGCACCCAAAAUUGUCAAGACCACCACCAAGAAGACCUUCGUGCAGGAUGCGGAGGGGGUCUCAGAGGACAUUGUCCAGAGAGUCGAAGACCUGGGGACAGGAGAGGUUGAGUUGAACACCCAGAGCCAAAAGGCUGAGCAUGCUGAAGGUGAGGGAGAGAAGCCUCAUGUUGUAGCUACAACUGUUACCACCAUCACGGCCCAGAGCAUGGAGGACAAGAGCACCAAGGAACGGACGCAGCAGGUCCAAGAGAAGACCUUCGCAUCAACCACCAUGACGACCGGUACGACGCAGGAGCAGACAGUGGUGACGCAGGAGGUGAAGAAACAGUCACGCUCCAUCGCCCCUCAGGAUGCAGCAGCCAUUGACAAGCAGGGUCAGGGCGGCCAAGCUGCUACCCCCUACUACCCCCCGGGAGACUUUAGCGGCAAUGCACGUGCCCGAACCCUCUCCAGCGGAAGCGACGAUUCAGGCACCUCAGUCGAUCCCUUGGACUCUGAUUAUGAUUUUGUCAACAAGGAUGGCAUUGUACCGACUGAGGCCCAGAUGUUUGACGCUAGUGGCGUCGACACCUCCACCAUGAGCGUGGAAACCCCCCCUGUUGUAGAGACGGAGUUGCGCAAGGUGUCUGUGCUGGGAGGAGAGCUUAUUGACGAGGAGAAUGCCGAGGUGAUCAGCUCUCAGGCCAUCACUUCCCGAACCCGCACUGUAGAGACCAUCACUUACAAAACUGAGAAGGAUGGGGUAGUGGAGACCAGAGUGGAGCAGAAGAUCACAAUCCAGAGCGAUGGUGACCCAAUUGACCAUGACCGCGCUCUGGCUGAGGCCAUCCAGGAAGCCACCAGGAUGAACCCAGACAUGACAGUUGAGAAGAUCGAGAUCCAGCAGCAGUCCACGGAGUAAAAGUUGAAUUCUCCCAUUGAGACAUCGGAGACCCAGUGUUGAAUCCCUUUUACAUGGCAGCUUUACCGAGAUAUCCACCACAUCGGCUUUUGAAACAUUUUCCCCCCCUUUAAGAUUUGAGUCCCGCAUGCUAGGCCACUGCUCGGCAGUCCGGGUCGUUAUGCUUCUUUGGCAGCAACGUGGGCCUAUAAAAAUAAAAAAUGAUGAAAAAUAUAAGCGAUAGGCAGCCCCCUUUCUUAGAGUCUAUAGUUUUUCUGACGUUAACAUUUAGUUUUGACAAAAAUGUGCUUGCAAACUUACCAAUGUGUAAGCUGUGUUUAGCAGGGAAGUGAGUAGUAGAUCGAUACAUUGUGGCAUAUCCCAAUGCUUCUAACCCAGUAAUUUUGUCAGGUAUUUUUGCCUGGCAUAAAAGCAAGAAAGAUAAAAAAGUAAAUAAAUAGAGAACACUUGCAUUUUUUAACUUUUAAUAAGAGAAAAGAUUUAAAAAAUGCUGUCUUCAGAUGAUCUUUUAAACUUAGAUUUUUAUAUCUCCCUUGCUCCCCAGUUUUCUUUGGUCUAGAAAUUAUGAUUCAUGGAUUGUAAGCAAGCAAGCAAACCACAGUAGCAGCAGCCCCUGAAUACAGCGAGAAAAAAGGUGUGCAAAGUAGAGUAUAGCAAACCUUGAUAUUCUGGUUAAAGUGAAAAGAAAAUGCACCUUCUUUGCAGUUCAUCAGAUGCGUAGAGACAAAAAAAAAAGAAAGAAAUGCAAAGGUAAAGAAAACAAACUUCAAACAAAAGCUUCAGAUCUGCUUUUCUUUUUCUCUCAGCUGGCUUGCAUACUCUUGUGGUGCAAAGCUGAGA